UUUAACGCCUAUAAUGGUUACGUAUUUAAAUGCGUAAAUCAAUUUCAUAUAGCCUAUAUGUACUCAAUCUAUUAAUGCAUUAGUUUUGAAUACAGCACAUUGAUCACUUCAUUUGUUUGAUGAUCCAACGAGCCAAGUUUUCAUUCUUAACUUGUGUUUUAUGACCGUCAGCAUUCAUUAUUUAUUCUAACAGACGGUCAGCGGCUCUGUCCGUCGAGCCAGACAUAUCCAAAAAGACAUGGUGCUGGAACAUGCUCAGCACGUGGACAAAAAUGAUGCAAACUGCCAAAUAAUUCAAGAAUUAUUAAAUAUCUAUAUAUUAAAAAAAACAACACUUCAUUUUUUUUUUUUAAUAGAUUUGUCCUUCGAGAAACCUCGGCUUUAAAAAUGUCAUAAACAGUUUCUAAUUAAUAUUUUAAUGCCAGUCAUAAAAGUGGACUAAAAUUUCAAAGUGUUAUUUUUCAAUUGCACACUGAUGCAUUUAUUCGACAUACAUUAAAUUAAGGUAACUCACAUACUCUCGACCUUGAGAAUUUUACCUAACCAAAUAGAAAAAAGAUGGUCUUGUAAAGCCAUAAAUUAAAUCUUUUUUCGAAUUAAUUUCAAAUUUUACAAAUACCAAAACACAUUUCCGAUAAUAUAUUACAAGCACAUAAACUUAAACACAGUAUUCACGUACAAGCAAUAAUAGAUUUACAAAGACAUGAAAUUUAUAGUUCGAUUGCCAAUUUACAAAAACAAACAAAAAACAGGCUUUUCAUUCAAAGCACGGCAAUAUAUUUUGAUACUCACAUAUCCAUUCUGUCAGGCCUAUCUAAUGAGAAUAAAUACAAUGCAUUGUAAAUAUGAAUGAAUAUUUCAACAGACAGAUUAACAUAUAAAUAAUAUGACAAUUAACAGUAUCCGUAAAGAUACAUCCUUGAUAAAUUUCGAUGUUCAGCUCGUGGGAAAAGACGAAGAUUUUUCGUUCGUGGUGGAAAUGUGUAGGAAGGAGUGGGUAUUUUUGAAGAAUGCCGACACCCACGUUCAUCUACACACAAUAGCUCCUGUGUAGCUGCAAAAACACAUGGUUUCUCUCUUACAAUCAAUAUGUAAUCCUAUUCAUUCCCAAACCUUCGAUAAAGGCUGAUUUUCCAAAAACGAAAAUAUAAAACGAUCGAUUUUUUGGUCCGAAAUAAUAACGCUGGUCCAUUCGAAGAACAUCCGGUUUGAAAUUAUGAUCAAGUUCAAUCCUUUAAUCGGAAAAUAUCACUUUAGUCAAUUUAAUUUAUAAAAUGGGGAAACUCUCAACCGUGAGUACUACGUUGUUCUCUUCUUCCUGGCCACAUAUGAUCUAAGGGAGUGUUAGAUGGUUUAAAUGUGUUCUUAGGGCACUAAGCUGUCAGACCUUUUGGCGUGUAAGAUUGAUAGCGUGCAGGCUUCCAGGGCUCUUUGUUUGGAAUAUAAGCAAUAAAGUGCUCGAGGCCUACACCUACUUAGCUAAAAGACUUCUGAGGACAACAUAGAAGACACAUUCUUGAACGUAAAAGACUAAUGAAUAAACACUUUUAUUUCAUAUUAAUGAAUUUAUUAUGUAGCCUAUGUGUUUGCCUGUGAGAUGAUUUAACGUCGCUCAAACUAAUUGUGAAGAUCAAUUCAGGUCAAAUGUGUAGUGUAUUAUUAUUUAGCCUACAUAAAUAGGCUACACUGAAUGUACAAUUAUAAGUUUUAUUUUCACAAAUUCUGCACCGAGUAUCAAUUAUGUUAAUUGCACUAUAAGCAGAAGAAUGUAACCUGAGAAAUUUCUGAAUUAAUAUAGUUUCAAAGCUACAGUAGUUAAAAAAGGACUGCGAUAUCUUAAACUAAAACAAAACUAAUACACAUGCAAGCGUAAUGCGUCAGUGCGCGUGUGAAUACGCGGGCGCGUCGGGGCUUUCAAAGAAUUUGUCUGCUCGCAAUGUGCGCGCGCGUACUGUCUCGCGCGCUUUUGCUCGUGCAUUGGCAAACGAGAGCGCGCAUUUUCUAAGAAAGUAGUAAAAACCCAGACUCAGGAUUAAUGGGUUUCCUCGAUCGUGGCUAUUGGUGUGUUUAUGUGUCCAGUUGAUGUGUUGGGGGAUCUUCAGCCGAGGGUCGGUCAAACAAUAAAGGGAGAACAGCAGACGGACUCACUGUCACUCUCACUGUUUCAGACCAUUCCAAGCCUGAACCCCGGCAGCCACCCUCGCCACAGCCGGCCCAAGCAGAACCCUAAUGGCUCAUGCCCGCUGCCUGCCGCAUCCUUACCCCCAGAGUACCCUUGGAUGAAGGAGAAAAAAGCAUCCAAGAAAAACCAGACAACUUCGACAACAACAACCACCACCGACCCUGGUCCACUAUACUUCUCCCCUCAAGGCUCGCCCGAGAUUUCUGAUGGUGGCAAUGGGGCUACUCGCCGACUCAGAACGGCGUACACCAACACACAGCUGCUGGAGCUGGAGAAAGAGUUCCACUUCAACAAGUAUCUCUGCCGGCCAAGGCGUGUGGAAAUCGCCGCUCUGCUGGACCUCACCGAGCGGCAAGUCAAAGUUUGGUUUCAAAACCGGAGAAUGAAACACAAACGGCAAACGCAGUGUAAAGAGAACCACCACGGCGAUGGAAAACCACCGAGCCUGGAGGAGGCAGGCGGACGGGGUGAUGGGAAAUCUUUUUUCGAACAAGUGGCAAACAAUGUAUCAGGGGCGCUUUUGGAAAGAGAGGGUUAUCCAUUUCAGCAGAAUACCUUAACUUCUCAACAGUCACAGAAUGGACACAAUAGUGAUUCCCAAAGCGCAACUGUCUCGCCUUUAGGUAGCAAUGACAAACAUCUGAAACAUUUUCCCAACCCGUCACCCACUGUUCCUAUCUGCGCCUCAACAAUGGCCCCGGAUUGUGCAUCUGCUCAGGACAAUGGCAGUCCCUCGGCCCUGGACGUCUCUUUACAGGAUUUCAACGUUUUCUCCAAUGAUUCCUGCUUACACCUCUCAGAUGCCGUGUCCCCAAGUUUGUCAGAAUCUGUAGACAGCCCCAUUGGUUUAUCUACGGAGGCCUUUGAUUUCUUCUCUGAGACGCUUACAACAAUCGACCUGCAACACUUGAGCUACUAACUCUAACUGAAGUUUCAUUAUAGGGACGUCAAUAUCUUUCUCACAUUGAUGGUCUGUGUGUUUAAUUGUGACUUUAAAAUAGGCCUAGACCAUUAAUCAAUGAGGUAAGUUUUUCAAUAAUCGAGUGAUAAUUUUUGUUUACAGAGAAAAUAUGGCAGGAAAAAAGGUGAUAUUUUUCACGUUUUAUUUUUGUAUCGUUCGCCGGCAAAGCGCCAUAUUUUCAUAGAAUAAAUUUGUACUUGUUAUUGAAAAUAACAGCGGUGUUAUUUAUUUCUUCAAUAUUCAGAUUAAAGAAUAACAGGUUAAAGGAGUUAAACGAGGUAUAAGAUUCAAAGUAUAUAUUCCUAUUCAAUUUUGCCGAGUUGUUAUGAUAAUGUGUUUUUACAUGUUUUACGAGGAUUAAUGUUUAUUACACUUUUUUUCCGAGAGACAAAAUUACAUAUUUAUAAGGCUGCCAAAUAUAUGUUUAUAAUCGCUAAUCAAAAUAUCAGUUAUCCCGAAAACUAGCUAUUUGUGCGCAAAAUUAAUACGCACUUAAGUAUGUAAUUGCGUGUUACAUUCUUCUUAUUAAUCUUUGUUAAUUUCCCUGUAGCCUAGUUUGCGUUAAAUUUAGAU